UACAGUGGAUAGAGCCUUUCUUUUAAAUCCCAGGGCAGCGGGUCCUUCAAGGCUGGCACUGCAAUUUCAAUUAGCCGCUGAGUGAAAGCUUGGCAUGUGUAUUAGUGAGCAGGGACACAAUUAGCUUAUUCUUCCUUUCCCAAUUGUGUUGAGAGGAUUCAGAAGAUUGGUGGGGGAUCAGGCAAGCCAGGCAUCACUGGAUAUUGAAGAAGGGAGUUGCUCAAAUCUCGACAUCUUCACUUGCGCAGGCUGGAAUUACAGAGAUUUAUUACCAAGCACUGUGUGUGUGGCUAGGUGAAGCGUGCCCCAGGAACACUCCGGAUCCCACUUGGGUUUUGUCUUUGUGAGUGCUUCACCACCCUGUCUUAUUCUCAUCGCUAACAUGGAGCCCAACAGCCCCAAAAAGAUACAGUUUGCUGUGCCUUUAUUCCAGAGUCAGAUUGCUCCAGAGGCAGCAGAACAGAUCAGGAAAAGAAGACCCACACCAGCAUCCCUUGUGAUACUCAAUGAACAUAAUCCCCCAGAAAUCGAUGAGAAGAGGGUAACCAACACCCAAGAAACGCAGAACGCAUCCCCUAAGCAAAGGAAGCAGAGUGUGUACACGCCGCCUGCCAUGAAAGGGGUUAAGCAUCUGAAAGGCCAGAAUGGAUCGGCAUUCCCUGAAGAAGAAGAAAGUGCCAGCGAAAGAGAAGACAAGUGGGCCCACUAGUUACCCACCGCAAGAGGACUCCGUGGGGUUAGCUGGACUGAAUGCUCUUCUGAAUAUCCGGCGGUUCUCCCAAGCCCCACCUCCGCAGGCUCUUUUGCCUCAUCCCCACACCCGCAGCAGUUAUGGUCCCCCCCGGAGGACUCCAUGACCGAACCGGGAAGCCUAGUGCGGAUUGUAGUGUACCAUUCGCAGCAAAGAAUGGGCACUUGUUGUACAACAAUUUUUCUUUUAAACUAACAAUACCUGGGAAUCUGCUACCGUGUAUAUGUUCUCCCUUUGAUACUACCAAAGCUGAACUCCCCCUGGCCUGCAAAUACGAUUUACUUUCCAAAGUCAAUGUAGAGGGCAGUACUCGAAGAGUACAAACUAGAUAUCAAAUGCACUUGGAAUGAAUGUGUGGGGAUUAACGGAAGAGGAAUGUCUGUGGAAGCUUCUGAGAUAGUACCUGCGUUUAGCCUGCUUCUGUGUAUAGAUCAGACCAGAGUUUACUUCAAGGAGACAACAAUAGGUAGAUGUCAGUUAUCUUGAUUCAGAACAGCACACCAGAUAUGAAACGUUUCUCCUCCCGCAGUGCAUUAAUGGUUACUUAAAGAAACAAAUGUCUCUUCAUUCCCUCAGCUCUGCAAUGUUGGCUUCUUGGCACCAUCUAAUCAUCGAGAAGGAAAUGCUAAAUUUCUAAUAAAACAUGGCCGAUCUCUUCUGUGCUUUCCUUUCUAACGAUGUGAAGUUAAGCCAUCUGUUAUGCAUUCGUUUUGUUUGUCUGGGGGGUUUGAUUGUCUCUUUUACUUUCCUUGGUGCUGAGAAUGAAGCCAGGGCUUUGUAUAUGCAAAUAUUCACCCACUAGGCUAUGCCCUCAGUCAUAUUGCAUUUUAAUAAAUCCUUAGUGUUUUAUUAUUCCUCUCUGUGACAGAAUAAAAAGAAACUCUCAUCAAUUCAGCGUAGACUCGCCCAUUAAUUCGACAACUGCUUUUUGUGGAUACUUAACUUUUUUCUGUUACUUUCUAGAUUAUGGUUACACCAUCUCCCUCUCCGCUUUCCUCCCUCUAAGUCCUCCCAUACACCAGCCCUCCCUCCCUUUCAAAUUCGUGGUCCCCUUUUUCAUUAGUUGUUGUCACAUGGUUACUAACAGCUAUUUUUAAUUGAGUUCUUUCCCAGAAUAUUACUCUUUUGGAAGUUAUGAAGGGAAAGGAAAACUCAUUUCUUCUCUGGAGUUGAAAUACUGCUAGCUUUUGGAAGACAGUGGGCAUUUGCAAGCAUGACUUUCACUCAGAGUUCUAACCUUUGACCAAUUUUAAUUAUUUAUGAUAUAUGAAUGCACAAUUUAGUGAGGAUAGGUAGUUUUGUUUCUACACUGUUGGUUUUAAUGAGGGUCAAAUACUUCAUGAAUGUAAAGAAGAUUUUUUGGGAGCCAUU